AUGGACCCCGAACUUGAAGAGGAGGCGCGGGCGCUGGUGGAGUCCGCGGUGGCCUUCGUGGCGAGCGCGGACGUUGGCCUCCAGGGUCUCCCGGAGGCCGGGGAGCUGCGGCGCCAGUGGCGGCGGGUGGAGGAGCUGCGGGAAGAGACGCAGGCGGUUUCGAAGGAGGGCUCGAAGCCGUUGAAGCCGUUGAAGCCGCUGACGCUGGCGCUGGCUUUGGUGGAGCUGGUGCUCUUCCAGACCGUGAAGACGGAGCUGGCCGGGCGGUGUGCGGCGCUGGCCUACCUGCCCAGCGUCCGCCAGCAGAUGGUCAUGGCCCGCCUCGGGGAGGUCCUGUGGACCGUGAAGGAUGCCCUGGAGCUGGCCAAGGAUGCCGAGGACAAGCACGCCGAGGUGGCGGCCCUCAAGGCCCUCGCUCGGGUGCACUUGAGCCGCCUCAAGGAGCUGGAUGCGCCGGUGGCAGCCAUCACUGAAGCCACGAAGGCUCUCGGCGUCUUGGAGUCUCUCGGUGAGGCCAACACCAGGCUGCAUGCGGAAGUGCUCUUUGUCCUGGGCGACGCCCAGCUGACGAAGGCGCUGCAGUCGCCCUUCAGCGCGGCCCGCGAGGAGGCGCUCGAGGCUGCGGCCAAGACCAUGCGGGACGCGGCCGAGGUCUACCGCAAGCUCGAAGACCAGACGUGGCAGGGCCGGGCGAUGCUUGGAGCCGCUUUGGCGCUGGUAGGCCUGGAGGAUGAGGAUCAGCAGAUGGAUGGUGAGAGACUGGCUGAGGAUGCCAAGGAUUUGUUCCACGAUGCCGGCGAGCUGGACUUGGAGGUGGUGGCCAUGAUGCUCAUCGUGAAGUGUCGCAUCACUACCUCUGGCCUGGACUGCGCCCUCCUCUCCGCGGAGGAUGCAGCUGAAGACUGGAAGGAGGAAGGUGGCAGGCCUACGCACCUGGCCAUUGCGCUGCACACAGCUGCUUCCAUCUACUUCCAACUGAAGGAGGGCUUGGACAAGGCAGCCCUCUUUUGCACUGAGGCUCUGGAGCUUUUCCGGUCUGCCGGGUGGCGCCGAGCUGAGACCGCCGUCCUGCAGAUGUUGUCUCGAGUGGAGUCCCGCAACCUCAACUUCGACAAGAGCAUCAAGUGCAUCAAUGAGGCCGUGGUGAACUGCCGUGAGAUGAAGGACACGCGGGGCGAAGCAGAGGCCUUGGCCUACCAAGCCGAGGCGGUGCUGAACAAGCUGAAUGCGGAGGAGAACAUGCUUUCGGCCGCGGAGCAGCAGGCCUUGGCGGACGAGGGCAAGCAGUGCUCCGACAAGGCCAGGGACAUGUUCCAGGAGUUGGACGACAAGGAGGGCAUGCAGAUCGUGGACGAGGUCACUUACAUCUCCACGAAUGUGGCGGUGGAGAAGUAUUGCGAGGCAACGCCGCCCACUCGCGUCAUCACCACCCUGCAGUCCGACGGCCGUGGCGGCAAGGAGACCUUUGGUGAGUGGAUCAUCGACCGCGGAGAGAUGGACCCUCUGAAAGUGAGGAGGCUGAUGAAGGAGGGCCGUUGCUCAGGGCCGGUGAUAUACACCUGA